CCAACGCUAUGCUCAUACACUUAGUUAUGAGCAAAGUGGACUCUACGACACGGUCAAAAUGGGAGGAGAAUUUAGAUUAUACAAAACUACCACUUUGGGAUGAUUGCGAAAAGGCUCUUAAUAAAAGGUAUCAGCACCUCUCUGCUGAAGAAAAUUCUUCAGGAGGGGGAGCUCGUAGAGCUCAAAAAUAUGAGCGUAAUGGAGGAAAAAAGGGAGGAAGAACUUCGCUAGCAGUGGCUAAGCCAAAUGAACAGCAUAAAACAAAAUGCUCGUUUUGCAAAUCGGAUGACCACUAUAUACAAUCUUGUUCUUCUUUUGCUGCUAUCCCAUGCAAUAAUCGUUUCAAGUUCGUUAAAUCAUUUCCUCUGUGUAUAAACUGCCUGCGAAAAGGUCACACAGUUACAGCCUGCAAGUCGAGCACUUGCAGAGUCUGUUCUAAGCCGCAUCAUACUCUAUUGCAUAGGUACGAAACAGAAACUCAAGAGGAAUCCUCUAGACAAGCUCUAACAGCACAAACUUCGACAUCUAGUCAAUUGUCAUCCACUAAUCUUGCUGCUAGCGAUUCUGAUCAAGUCAUAUUAGCUACGGCAAUAAUAAAAAUAAAGGAUCAGUUGGGAUCUUACCACAUGGCCAGAGCGCUCUUAGACUCUGGGUCUCAGGUAAAUUUUAUUACCGAAAACCUUGCUAAUACUUUGAAAUUACCCAAAUCUCGAAAAGACAUCAAUUUAAUAGGCAUAGGUCAGACAAAAUCUGCCAUUCGGCAUGCCGUUCAAACUGAUAUUGCCUCUUGUUUGAAUUCCUUUGAAACAAUGACUGAAUUAAGUAUUCUAAAAUCUAUCACGUCCUAUCAACCCGAAAGGCUUGUGGAAAAUGUCAACAUUCCAAGUCAUAUUGAUCUCGCCGACCCCCUUUUCCAUAAGCCGCAACGUGUAGACUUGCUGCUUGGGGCAGACGCUUUCUUCGAUCUUCUUAAAGAUGGGCGUCUAAGGUGUAAACAAGAUUCUUUAACUUUACAUGAAACAGUUUUUGGUUGGAUUGCGUCUGGUCGUUGUAAAAUCCCACAAAAUAAGAAAGCUUGCUCAACAUCAUUAUUAAGUAUAACUGGUGAAUCGUCGUUAGACUCAAUUGUUAAAAAGUUCUGGGAGCUAGAUCAAGUUCAAAAUACCUCGAAUCCAAAUUUAUAUACCCCAGAACAGCUUCUUUGCGAGCAAUCGUUUACUGAAUCUGUAAACAGAUUACCCUCGGGCAGGCUGAGUGUUAAAUUGCCGUUUAAAUCUAGUCCGACGUGUCUUGGCUCGUCCUUUGGGACAUCUAUGAGACGAUUUCUUGGCUUGGAGAGGCGAAUGGGAAAACAAGCAGAAGUCCGUGACAUGUAUAUCUCCUUUAUGAAAGAAUACAUCUCACUAGGUCAUAUGAGUGCAAUCAAUAACACAAUCCCGUGUGAGCCACAUUAUUUUAUCCCAUACCAGUGUGUGCUCAGAUGGCAAAGCUCUUCAACAAAGUUGCGAGUCGUGUUCGAUGCGUCAAGCAAAACAUCAUCACAAAUAUCGCUUAAUGAUACUCUUAUAGUUGGUCCAACGAUACAACCAUCUCUCUAUGCAACUUUGCUUCGUUUCCGUUUACAUCCUUACGCAAUUAAUGCUGACAUCACUAAGAUGUACCGUCAAGUUUGUUGGCCGGCGUGGGCGGGCACAGAAGAUCUACUGCGACAAUGCCACCAAUUUUGUCGGUGCCUCUCGGAUGCUUCAAGAGUUCAAGGAUCACUUCUUUACCAACAAGGAUGCCAUAAUGGCAUUUGCUGCCACCCGAGGAAUCUCUUUUUCGUUCAUUCCGCCCCGAGCGCCGCAUUUCGGCGGCCUCUGGGAGGCGGCCGUAAAAUCGGCCAAAGGAUUAAUGAUCAAGGCGUGGGAAGUGCAGUGCUCCGGCAGGACGAACUGAACACCGUGCUGGUGGAGGUAGAAGCCAUUCUAAAUUCGAGGCCCAUGGUCGUGGACAGCUCCAACCCCAACGAUGGCGAAGCAGUUACCCCAGCCCAUCUGUUGCGGCAGAAGUGGCUGAGCGAGAGCCUCAACAUCGAACUCGGAACUAUCGUCGUGGUCCACGAGGACAACAGUCCGCCGCAGCAGUGGCUGCUAGGAAUCAUCGAGGAGCUCCUUUACCAAUUGAGGAAUCUUGAAGCCCUGCAGCCGUUCAACGCGGCCGAUGUUAAGUCAUUUCAUUUCAUUGCAACCCCUACUGUUUAG